CGGAUGACAGGCGCAACACGCCCUCAAAGGAUGUCUCUCGUCGCAUCGAGGCAGCGAGAAUGAUUGAUGAGGUCGCUUCAUUAGGUAUAUCUGCACAAUCUAAUCUCAAUGCAAGAAAAGUAGCGCCUCAGGUGUGGUCCACCAUUUUUCCCAUGCAGAGAAGAAGAGUGAGGUCUUCCAUUGUUUCUGCUUCUUCUGCCACCCUUCACCCGCUCUCACCUGCUGGAGAAAGCCCACGAGCCUUCCUGGGGCUCGGAAUCACCCUUUGCUGCCAUGGGAAGCGUCAGCUGCUGUGGAAAGAGAGAAAAGCAAGGGCGUGUGAUAUACGAUUGGCCAGCCACAUGUGGGGAGACGUCCUGGCAGGAGCAGCAUCCUUCUCUCUCGCUGCUCACGCCGCUGCUGCUGCUCUCCUCUCCUCUCUUUUUGGGGCGUAGAAAAGAAGAACAGCGACUGAGGCGGGGAGAGCGAACGAGAGAGAGAAAGGGAGAAGCCCUCUGACGAGCAUCGAGGCUGACACACACUUGCAGAGAGGAGCUGAGAGAGGAAACAAUAUUUGGAACGUUGCAGGGUGUUGCCCUGCCCUGGAUAGUCCUACUGAGACUCCAAGUGGAUGAGCGAUGGCGACGCCCUACAAAGCUAAGCCUUUUCCCAGCUUGGCGCUCCACCUCCAUGGCCUUGACUGUCCACUGUACAAGCAGUAAGCAGCGACUGUGAGGAAGGACGUCUUCAUUUAUGACACCCUGAGGUUCAGUUUGUGCAGAGAACCCCGAAAGCCAACUUGGAGGAGUCUUUAGUCAAGCAGUGUUGGAAGUCCUUGGAAGGACCCAGAGCCUGAGGGUGGCCCCACCAUGAUGGUCCCCUCCUCUGGCCUCCUGCUGGUGCUGAUGUGCUGCCCCCUGCUGGGCCUGGUCCAGUCUGCCAGCGGCAACAAGGCCAGCGAUAACAAACUCAGCGAAUCGGACCCUCAGCGCUGCAUGAGGCACCACUUUGUCGAGACCAUCGCCCACCCCAUAUAUAAGUGCAACUCCAAGAUGGUUCUGCUGGCGCGGUGCGAGGGCCACUGCAGCUGGACUACGCGCUCCGACCCGCUCAUCUCCUUCAGCUCGGUGCUGAAGCAGCCCUUCAAGAGCACCUGCUCCUGCUGCCGGCCACACACCUCCAAGCUCAAGGCGGUGCGGCUGCGCUGCGCCGGCGGCACACGCAUCACCGCCACCUACAGAUACAUCCUGGCCUGCAACUGUGAGGAGUGCAGCUAAGCUAAGCUCAUUCUCCGCCGCAUAGAAACAAUUUUUUUUUCUGAAUCCCGACGUGCUGGAUCUUUACUGGAGCACACCUGCACACCUACACACCCCCCCCCUCCCCAGUAACAUUUGACAUGCUCCUCCACAGGGUUUUUUGGCGAUGUGGUCAGGUGGACUAUAAAAGAUGGCGGCGUCAGACCGUGUGAGGCGUUUCUUCAAUGUGGUCUGUUUGAAUCUCCUCUAAUAUCACGCUGGAUUUGUACGAGCUUCUCUCUCUCGCUCUCUGGGAGGAAACUAUUCCUCGUGGACUUCCAGGUAGUCCUCUUCCAAGAAUAACACAAUCUCACACUGACUCAUGGACACCCCGGGUCAAAUCUGGGAGCCAUCACGUGACGUCACGGUCCGUUUAUUCUCUCCAUUGUGGUGUUCUCCCUUCAUUAAAGUACACAUGUUGUCAACGCAAACUAAGGAUUUAGCUCAUAUUUGAUUUGGAUUAAUUUGACGAUAUUAAUUAAUCCGCUUGUGCCAUCCUAGUUACUGCCGUUGUGUCCUUGGGCAAGACACUUUACCCACCUGCUCCCAGUGCCACCCACACUGGUUUAAAUGUAACUUGGAUAUUGGGUGUCACUAUGUAAAGCGCUUUGAGUCACUUGAGAAAAGCGCUAUAUAAAUAUAAUUCAUUUCACUUCACUUCUUUCCACUUCCAGUCAUCCAACGUUUCAGUACUGAACUACUAAAGGCCAUUACAGGCUCUUUAACGCCCUCUGCUGGACAGUUGUGUAAUACACACCACCAUGUUAUUUUCUGAACUAGUGCAAAAAUAAAACCUUAAUUCUCAAAA